AUGAGCAAGCCGGCGGGAUCAACAAGUCGCAUUUUAGACAUCCCUUGCAAAGUGUGUGGAGACCGCAGCUCCGGGAAACAUUAUGGGGUUUACGCCUGCGAUGGAUGCUCGGGAUUUUUCAAGCGGAGCAUCAGGAGGAAUAGGACCUAUGUUUGCAAAUCAGGAAACCAGGGAGGCUGCCCGGUGGACAAGACGCACAGGAACCAAUGCCGUGCAUGCCGGCUGAAGAAAUGCUUGGAGGUCAACAUGAAUAAAGACGCUGUGCAGCACGAGCGGGGGCCCCGGACAUCGACAAUACGGAAGCAGGUGGCCCUCUACUUCCGUGGACACAAGGAGGAAAGCAGUGGUGCCCCGCACUUCCCCACUGCUGCCCUGCCAGCACCAGCCUUCUUCACCACUGUCUCUCAGUUGGAGCCCCACAGCCUGGAGCUGGCUGCCGUCACUGGCACCCCGGAGAGGCAGGCUCUGGUGGGCCUGGCACAGCCCACCCCAAAGUACCCACAUGAAGUCAAUGGUACCCCUAUGUAUCUCUACGAAGUGGCCACUGAAUCCGUCUGCGAGUCAGCAGCCAGACUUCUGUUCAUGAGCAUCAAAUGGGCCAAGAGUGUCCCAGCUUUCUCCACCUUGUCCUUACAAGACCAGCUGAUGCUUUUGGAAGAUGCUUGGAGAGAACUGUUUGUUCUAGGAAUAGCACAAUGGGCCAUUCCAGUUGAUGCUAACACUCUACUGGCUGUAUCUGGCAUGAACGGUGACAAUACAGAUUCUCAGAAGCUGAAUAAAAUUAUUUCAGAAAUACAGGCUUUACAGGAGGUUGUGGCUAGAUUUAGACAACUUCGGCUAGAUGCUACUGAAUUUGCCUGUCUCAAAUGCAUCGUCACUUUUAAAGCUGUGCCUACACACAGUGGUUCUGAACUGAGGAGCUUCCGAAACGCUGCUGCCAUUGCAGCCCUGCAAGAUGAAGCCCAGCUCACUCUGAACAGCUACAUUCAUACCAGGUACCCCACACAACCCUGUCGCUUUGGAAAACUUUUAUUGCUUUUACCAGCUUUACGUUCAAUUAAUCCAUCUACAAUAGAAGAAGUAUUUUUCAAAAAGACCAUUGGGAAUGUACCGAUUACGAGACUGCUUUCAGAUAUGUACAAAUCCAGUGACAUAUAA